GUAGUGAUGUGGCUGAGGUCCGCGGCGGAGCGAUCUGUUCGACGACAAAGAGAUGAGAUGUUGUUAGCUGGGGGAUCCCAUUACUGAGGACGCAUGUAGUAAUAUGGUCGAAACAAAAGCGUAAGAAGCGAAAGACCUGCCAUCAAAAAAAUCGACACACUUCUUUAAACUAAAUCUGGCUGAACGCUGUAACUUAUAGUGGAUUUAUAGGCUACUCGCGUGGGAAAUGGAGAAGAAAAGGUGGGAUUGCACUGCUCUCCCCAAGGGCUGGAAAAUGGAAGAAGUGACCAGAAAGUCGGGUUUGUCAGCUGGAAAAAGCGAUGUCUAUUAUUUUAGUCCAUCUGGGAAGAAGUUUCGGAGCAAGCCUCAGCUGGCCCGUUACCUUGGUAACCAGAUGGACCUCAGCUCCUUUGAUUUCCGCACGGGAAAGAUGCUGAUGAGCAAGCUGAACAAGAACCGGCAGAGGUUGCGCUAUGAUAACAACAACCAGAACAAGGGCAAACCUGACUUGAACACAUCACUCCCAGUCAGACAGACAGCUUCCAUCUUUAAGCAGCCCGUUACCAAGGUUACCAACCACCCAAACAACAAAGUGAAGACGGAUCCUCAGAAAGCCGUCGACCAGCCCAGACAGCUAUUUUGGGAGAAGAAACUCAGUGGUCUUAAUGCGUAUGACAUUGCAGAGGAACUUGUGAAGACAAUGGAACUGCCAAAAGGCCUGCAAGGUGUCGGCCCAGGCUGCACAGACAAGACUCUCCUGUCGGCUAUUGCUAGUGCUCUGCACACCAGCGCUGCUCCCAUCACCGGUCAGCUGUCUGCAGCUGUGGAGAAGAACCCUGGAGUCUGGCUCAACACAGCACAGCCACUGUGUAAGGCCUUCAUUGUCACUGAUGAGGACAUCAGGAAACAGGAGGAGCUGGUGUACAGUGUGAGGAAAAGGCUGGAGGAGGCACUGAUGGCAGAUAUGUUGGCCCAUGUCGAAGAGGCUGCUAACGAAGGAGAGGCUCUGAAGGAGGAGGGUAACGGCAGUGAAGACAUGGAGAGUGUAUAGCACAGGAUUUUGUGAUGUCCCAGUGGGUUUCUGCACGGACAACCAUGAACCAUAGGAGCCCCACAGCAGUCCAAACCCAAUGAACUUUCCCCUGGUAUCUGCGUCCAACUCUAACUUUAACCUGACUCACUUCAUUCCCCGAGAGCCUAAAGAAACGUCUUACCCUUUGGAACACCUGGAGUCUCAAAUGUGUCAUUUACCUCUAAUGGAUGGGAUUUAUUUCUAAACUCUUAGGGAAUUAAAAAAAUCCAUCACAAGAAAUAAUAUAAAAUGAACAGAUAGCAGAUAUUCAGAUUACCAUCAGUGUGUCAGAUUCAGUGUUUGAUAAACAUAUUUUUUACUAAAAGGCUUUGAUGGGUGUAUAUUUUUUUGCGACAAUCAUGUCAAAUUCAAACAUUUAAUGUCAACUAAAGUUGAUCUGGGUGCUUUUUUGUUUUGGAAAGAUUGGAAAUGAAUGUGUUGUAUUUUUUGACAUGUCUCUUUUUUGACUUUUAUGACACUCCAUGAAUAGCGUGACAAAAACUUGACAUAAUGGCCACAUUUUUAGUGGACCCAGUUAAGAUGCAACCACACAGACUUUAGCUAAUUAAAAUUAGCGAAACCUCCUGGCUGAUAAUGUUACAUAUACAGAUAGAGUAGUUUGAAUGCAGCGAGAUAUUUUUCCUUUAAAAUCAUUUGAAAAUGUUCUUAAAUGUCAACUGUUAUCCUGAUUCAUGCUCAGUAUUGACCAAAGAGGAGACAUGUCAGUUUAAAGAGGGUAGAGGUUUGAAUUGUGUAAAGUUUGCCUUGUAUUUAACUGUAAGCAGGCAUUUUGAGCACUGCUGUUUUACAACCAAACGCCAAGAAAGUUGAAGGUACACAUGAUGUUGCUGAGCACAAAUGGAAAACGAGUAUGGAUUUGAGACCUCUAUCUGUUAUACACUUGCCACUGUUUUUAACUCAUCAUUAUAGGUGCUUACUGAUGUUGUGAAACAAUGCUGUUCAGUGCCAAGGCUUUGUUUCUUUCACAGCUUCAGUCCACUUUUUUUAAUGUGUCACUUUUACCACACACAUGCUGCCUCCUCAUAAACCCACGCACAAAAUGGUCACGCAGCAAACUACAUUUAAGAUUCAGUUUUAAAGUCUUUUCAUUUAGAAUCUGAGGAAGAAUGAUCUUGUGUUUUUUAAACCCUGUUUGAUAAUAUAUUCUGCUAAAAUCAUGAAAUUCCCAACUCAAUAUCAGCAGGCUGAUUGCUGAAAUAAAUCUGAUUGUAUUACUUAUUAAAACUAGUUGAUAUGUCA